AUGGUGGACACACCAAAUCCAACACACACCGGCGAUACUUCACGGAGAAUCAUUUCGAUUGCCGUGAUGGUAAAGUGUAUUCUUGGGGAAGAGGGAUGUUCGGCCGGCUGGGUUCCGGUUCGGAGGAAAACCGGCAUUUUCCUGUUCGAGUCAGCUUCUAUGGGAUUGCUGCUGCUGCUGGGGCUUACCACAGUCUUGCUCUUACAGAUGAUGGGAAGGUAUGGGGCUGGGUUACAACAUCUGUAUCCUUCAUUUCAAUUUGUUGUGAACAAGAUUAGUGCAUAUCUCUGCACAUCCUCUAUGCCUUUUCUGUUUCUUACUUUUGUAACUUUCUCCGAAUCGAGAUCUCCUCACUCUUCAACUCAAGAUGAUGAUAGCAAGAGAGGCAAACCACUCAAGAAGAACCAUCCUGAGGCUCAAUCUAAUAAAGUGCCCUUCCUAAUAGCACUACUUACAGAGGAAAGUGUAGAAGCUGGAGGAAUGAUGUCACUCGCCAUCGACGAGCUUGGGUCCCUAUGGAUAUGGGGUAACUGCCCCAACCCUUCCCCCAAGAUCACAUUUUCACUUCACCGGGUCCCCGCUCCCUGUCUCGAACUUCCAUGGCCACACGGUGGAAACGAACAUGUCAUCGCAUUAGUAACAGCUGGCAAGGACCCGAGCUGCUACUCGUGGGGCUGUAACACCCAUGGCCAGCAAGGAUUGGGGGACAAGGAAAGCCGGUCGAGCCCCAAAAUUAUCGAGAAAUUCAACUCGGACUCUCCAUGGGAGGCCUAUGACAUUGCAUGCGGCGUGGCCCACACGGCUCUUUUAGCAAAGAGAAAAUCGCCGAACGAGCUUUCGGAAAGCUUCUGCUGGACGUUUGGGUCGGGCGAGAACGGCCAGCUCGGGCACGGGACCACACAGGGUUCGGAUUCGCCUGAGAUGGUCAAGGGUUUUGCCCUCGGGGGUAUUUUUGGUAUCUGUUGGGUGCGUGUUGUCUCGUCCGACGGGGAAGUUUGGUCGUGGAGAAUGGAGAAGGGUUUGGGGAUGUGCCCGGACGCUAGCUUCACGGGAACUGAUGCUGGCGCCCUUCUCCCUCUACUCUUUUCUCCGGAUUUCGUGAACCCUCGUGGGUCGCGUGUGGUGGGGCCAACACAGUCCUUUUUACUAUCGGUGACUGCCCACCUGAUGGUGACGGAUACCGUACAGAAAAGAAAGAACAAGACAAGUACUGAGGCUCAGUACUUGUCUUCCGUCACCAUCAGGUGGGCAGUCACCGACAAUAAAUUGCAUAUUUGGUUGAAUAAGAGAUCACAUGCAUUGAAGACUUUUUCUAGAUUAUCUUGGCAGCGGUGUGGGCAACAUGGAAACAAUUUUGCCCCGAGCGACUGUUCAACAAUAGGCCUUUUUCACGGUGCUCUCUAUGACACUCAAUUGCUAUUGGAUGCAGUGAUGAUAGCAGUUGCCACCAGUGGUGUACUAUUCUUCUACUUCUACGGACUCUCGUUUGCGGUCGACGCCUUUUUGAGCCACAUGCUUACCAAGUGCCAAAUCACUUUUUUUCAGGAUUUCUAUGACACAUUCGGGCACAGAAGAGAGAUGAAUUACUCAGACACGGUGAUGACGGAUGACUCGUACUCGCCUGUGCCAGUGCUGUGGCCGCCAAUCGGCAAUGAUGAUGAUAUUGGCAAAAUGGGAAUAGCAGAGAAAAGGGUUUGGAGGGGGGGCGUGGAAAUUGAUAGGGUGAAGAUUCUCGAGUCGAGACUUUUGGUUGUGGAGAGAUACGCGAGUGUUCUUCAUGGCUUGACUUUUGGGAGGCCGCUGAAGGUUGAUAUGAUUCCUAAUGAGUCGGGCGUGUUUGAUAUUGCAAAGGAGUGGGAGAGAAUGGUGGAUUCUUUGGACGAAAGGGGACUCGUUCGUUUGGAGAUGUUUUAUAGGGACAUGCGUGCUGGAGUGAAGGAUAGGCUCUUGAAAAGGAGGGUGUUGGAGAUGGUUAAGGAGUGCCUCAGGUACUUCUCAAUUCUGAUUAGAUGUUUUAGUGUCCAGUGGUACAUAGAAAGACAAUAA